UUACUUUCUUUCGUUAUUUUCUCAAAGGGUCUUAGCAACGAGUGCUUAACAAGGACUUAACUCUUAAUUAUGUUAAAUUAUGUCACUUAUAAGUAUGUAGUUCUAAAGGAUUACAGACUAGGUUUGUUUUAUUAUAUUCUUGCUGGUCUCAUCAUACUUUACACACUGGUUGAGAUACUCUACAAUAAAGGAUACCUCGAGAUUGAUUCUAAACCAGUCGGUUUUGUACGUGCUGUAGUAUCAGAUGAUCUUCCAUUGCUGAAUGCGUCCUCUCUAUCCUAUUGUACCAGUAAUCACUCAAUAACUAAUAAUAUAUCCUGCUAUUAUGAGACACCGCAUGAAUUAAACUGGCCAGUCGAGUCACGCUCUCUCUCUAUCAUGACUUUUGCUAAAGACAAGCUACAGGCGUCUCUGAGUCUCUCCCCUGACAGCGAUGAGUUUGAGGGGAUCAACGAAACUCAAUAUUUCACACUGGGUCCGGAACAUGUUCUCGUUAAAGUUGAUCAUGCCGUUGUGGCGUCUCGUUUUGGUAGUGGGCGUGAUCAACUCGCUGCCUCGAAGCGUCAGAUGAUUGGGUACUUGUUAGAUUCUAGAGGGGCAUUAAUUAGAAAAUUGAGCAUUCCUGGAAAACCAGAUAAAAUCACAUUACAGGAGCUAUUAGAGGCUGGAGGCGUGUCUGGACUGGAUGAACCCAGCGAUGCUCUGAAUGCCAAAGGACAGAGUAUCAGACAAAGAGGAGUGGUCAUAAUUGUAUCAAUUUAUUAUCAAAACUGGUUUAAUACAUGGUUCGGGACCAGUGAUAUUGAGUAUUCUUAUCAAGUCAGACACAUUCCUUAUAUGGAUUACAAUUCAAAGCAGUUACUUCCAGCUAUGCCUCCUCACUCUGAUGAUGGAACCGGUCGCAAAUGGCAGCUGCUACGUAAACGAUAUUCAGUGAGAGUGGAGUUUCAACAGACUGGGAGUUUAGGUAUGUUCUCUUUCUCCAGUUUAUUACUAUAGCUAGUAUCAGGAGUUGGCCUCUGCCACCAUAAUAGACACUGUGGCAUUAUAUGUAUUACCUCAUAGCAAGAGUAGGAUGGUAUACGGAAAUAAUGUUUAUGACAAGAGUGGGGACAUUAAGAAACAUCAAACCAUUCAUAUCAUGAUUUUACUGGACUAGCCAAAUGAAUUUAUGUUCUCUUUCUCCAGUUUAUUACUAUAGCUAGUAUCAGGAGUUGGCCUCUGCCACCAUAAUAGACACUGUGGCAUUAUAUGUAUUACCUAAUAGCAAGAGUAGGAUCGU